AAAGGGAAGGCAGGUUGGUAAAGGGUUUACCUGGAAGGACAGGGUUGUUGCGAGAAGAAGAAAUAGUUAACAUGUUUCCUAAACCAAAGGAAAAAUACAAGGAGGCUCUUCCUGGCGUUUAGUUCUUGCCGCUCAAUCCCCAAUGAUUUCGUCCAGCCUGCUGGCGCUCCGCCGUAGCCUUCUCCGCCCGUCCUUCGCUGCCCGCGUCUUUUCCUCACCUGCCAUGGAGAAGAAGCCUGUGGAGAUGGAGAUCCGCGCCAAACUCCAGCGAGCCUUGGAGCCAGUCCACUUGGAGGUCAUCAACGACAGCCACAUGCACGCCGUCCCCCGGGGUUCGGAGACGCACUUCCGCGUGGUGGUGGCCAGCCGCCGUUUCGAGGGCCUCUCGCUCAUCCACCGGCACCGGCUGGUCAACGACAUCCUCCAGGAAGAGCUGACCGGACCCGUCCAUGCCCUCUCCAUCCAAGCCAAGACCCCCCAGCAAUGGGAGAAGAACCCCAAAAUCAUCCAGGCCCCUGAGUGCCUUGGAGGGUCCAAGGAUGACCCGCAAAUGUCGGGCAAAGUGGAGCGAACGGGACCCAUGUAGACCCUUUACGGGUGCUGCUGGAUCCGUCUCUAAAGCCGUACCCGUACCUGCCUUGCAGGAAUAAAUUAUCCAUUUCUAAUCUCACUUUA